UUCAGUCCGGCAGACAUCAACAAGAGAGCGGGGUCCAUGUUCGCCAUAUAGUCCCAUUUCAACCCAAGCCUUUUUUUUUUGGAACAACUUUACGCAAACUCGCAGCAAGAUGUUUGGCUUUCACAAGCCCAAAAUGUACCGGAGUCUGGACGGCUGCUGCAUCUGCCGAGCAAAGUCCUCCAGCUCUCGCUUCACCGACAGCAAGCGCUACGAGAAAGACUUCAGGAGCUGCUUUGGACUGAGUGAAACACGAUCCGGGGAAAUCUGCAACGCUUGCGUGCUCCUGGUGAAGAGAUGGAAGAAGCUACCUGUGGGAACCAAAAAGAACUGGAACCACGUGGUGGAUGCUCGAGGAGGUCCGAGUCUGAAGUUGACCUCCAGGCCCAAGAAGAUGAAGUCCAUGGCCAAGAAAGCACGCCCGAGUCAGAUCAGCAGGCUGCAGAAAGAACUCAAAAGAAACAACUCCGACGCCCACAGCACCACGUCCAGCACCUCCCCCGCUCAGUCCCCCAGCUACAGCAACCUGUCUGACGACGGCUCCGACACGGAGCUCAGUCGGGGCUCCGGACGCUCGCCCGUUUUCUCCUUCCUGGACCUCACCUACUGGAGAAGACAGCGAGUGUGUUGUGGAAUCAUCUACAAGGGUCGCUUCGGGGAGGUGCUCAUCCACCCGCACCUCUUCAAACCCUGCAAGAAGCAGCAGCAGGACAGGACGAAGAAGAGGAGGAGGAGGAGGAGGAGGAGGCGGAGGCCGACCCCACCCAGGUGGCCGUCAGUCGGAUGUCGCCCCCGCCCGACCAGCCGGCCAAGGAGUCGCCCGCCUGCGGCCAGAGCGCUGCCACCAUGUCCGACAAAGUCUGGUAAUCAUCUCGGAAGAAGAAGAAAGGUUGCUCCUUUUCCAAGAAGCACUUACACGAAGGAGUCGCCUUCUUCCACCACCAGCAGCAGCAAGCAGCUGAACAUCACAACCAUGCUGGAGGUUUAGUACGUCUUUGACUCUCACUCUUCCACUUCUUUCCUGUCUUUACAUGCACCUUUUACUUUGAAGUCCACAAUGCAAUACAUCCCACUUCUUCCUGGGGACGCUGCUAGCUUUUAAGUUGCGUACAAACCAGCUCCUCCUGGAGAAGAAUCUGCAGUGGAUUUAGAAGGUGAACAAAUAGCAUUACUCCGCACGCUAAUAUUACAUCAAAUCAACACAUUUGAUCAAAUCUGCACAUAUUUUCCAAUUGGAUUUAGGUCUGGGCUCUGGUAUUUGGACAUACAGUACAGGCCACCUUCUCAUUCAAUGUGUUUUCUUUAUUUCCAGGACUAUUUACAUUGUAGAUUGUCACAACAAAACUAUGAAUGAACACAUGAAAAAGGUGAAAUAACUGAAAACACGUUUUAUAUUCUAGUUUCUUCAAAAUAGCCACCCUUUGCUCUGCUUUGCGCACUCUUGGCAUUCUCUCCGUGGGCUUCAAGCACACCUGUGAAGUGAAAACCCCCAUUUCAGGCGACUACCUCUUGAAGCUCGUGGAGAGAAUGCCAAGAGUGUGCAUAUGCCAAUUUUGCAUGCAGGGGGCAAGAUAUACACCACGUUUUCUUGGCACGUCUCUUUUAUUUUGAAAAGACUGGUGCAGGGUCAUUUUAACCGUGCCAGCUUCACCUUCUACAGCCACUGUAAAAAUCCAGUUGGGCUUUUGCAACCCGUUGGCGACUCAACGUGCUUCAACACGGGCGUCUUCACACACACACACACACACACACACACACACACACACACACACACACACACACACACACACACACACACGCGCACACACACACACACACAUAUUUUUUUGUAUUUCUUACCUUCUUGAGACCUGAGAAUAAUGCCUCCCCCUAUAGGCCCACUUUUUCUAGAUAUAUAAAGAUGUGUAUUUACAACAUUAAUAAUAUAUACAUACUAUGCAAAUAUAAAAAAGCUUGUUGUGAAAAAUGAGUUGGAAUUUCACAAGAAAAAGGUCACAAUUUCACAAGGAAAACGUAGAAUGUUGGCAGUAUUAUAGUAAAAGUCGUCAUUUUACUCAACGCAAGUCAACAUUUUGCAGGAAAAACUGAACAUUUGUGCAAUAUUAUGAUAAAAGUUGGAGUUUUACUCAAAGAAAAGCUUAAAAUGUUGGCAAUUUUAUGAAAAGAGUCGUAAUUUUACUCGACAAAAGUCAAAAAAUUUUAAGAGAACUUUAACAAUUUGGCAAUAUUAUAAUAAUAAUCAUCGUUUUACUCAAAAAAAUUCACUAUUUUACAAGAAAACCAAAAAAAAUUGGCAAUGUUGUGAUAAAAGUCAGAAUUUUGUAUGACAAAUGUCACCAUUUUGCAUUAAAAAGUAAUCAUUUUACAUAAAAAAGUCAUAAUUUUAUGAAAAGAGUCGAACUUUUACUCGAUAAAAGUCGCAAUUUUUUAAGAAAACUUUAACAAUUUGGCAAUAUUAUAAUAAUAAUCGGAAUUUUACUUGGCAAAAUGAUGACAAAAGUCAUAAUUUUACUCAAAAAAUUUCACUAUUUUACAAGAACAACAAAAAAAUUGGCAAUAUUGUGAUAAAAGUCAGAAUUUUGUAUGACAAAUGUCACCAUUUUGCAUUAAAAGUCAUAAUUUUACAUAAAAAAAGUCAUAAUUUUGGGCAAUUUUAUGAAAACAGUCGAAAUUUUACUCGACCAAAGUCACAAUUUUAUAAGAAAACUUUAAAAUGUUGGUAAUAUAACAAUAAUCGGAAUUUUACUUGGCAAAAUGAUGACAAAAGUCAUAAUUUUACUCAAAAAAUGUCACUAUUUUACAAGAACAAAAAAAAAAAAGAGCAAUAUUGUGAUAAAGUCAGAAUUUUGUAUGACAAAUGUCACCAUUUUGCAUUAAAAAGUUAUAAUUUUACAUAAAAAAGUCAUAAUUUUGGGCAAUUUUAUGAAAAGAGUCUGAAUUUUACUCGACUAAAGUCACAAUUUUUUAAGAAAACUUUAACAAUUUGGCAAUAUUAUAAUAAUAAUCUGAGUUUUACUUGGCAAAAUGAUGACAAGAGUCAUAAUUUUACUCAAAAAAUGUCACUAUUUUACAAGAACAACAAAAAAAAUUGGCAAUAUUGUGAUAAAGUCAGAAUUUUGUAUGACAAAUGUCACCAUUUUACAUUAAAAAGUUAUAAUUUUACAUUAAAAUGUCAUAAUUUUGCGCAAUUUUUUGAAAAGAGUCGUAAUUUUACUCGACCAAAGUCACAAUUUUAUAAGAAAACUUUAAAAUGUUGGUAAUAUUAUAACAAUAAUCGGAAUUUUACUUGGCAAAAUGAUGACAAAAGUCAUAAUUUUACUAAAAAAAUGUCACUAUUUUAUAAGAACAACAAAAAAAAUUGGCAAUAUUGUGAUAAAAGUCAGAAUUUUGUAUGACAAAUGUCACCAUUUUGCAUUGAAAAGUCAUAAUUUUACAUAAAAAAAGUCAUUUUGGGCAAUUUUAUGAAAAGAGUCGGAAUUUUACUCGACAAAAGUCACAAUUUUUUAAGAAAACUAACAAUUUGGCAAUAUUAUAAUAAUAAUCGGAAUUUUACUUGGCAAAAUGAUGACAAAAGUCAUAAUUUUACUCAAAAAAUGUCACUAUUUUACAAGAACACCAAAAAAAUUUGGCAAUAUUGUGAUGAAAGUCAGAAUUUGAUACGACAAAUGUCACCAUUUUGCAUUAAAAAGUAAUCAUUUUACAUAAAAAAAUCAUAAUUUUGGGCAAUUUUAUGAAAACAGUCGAAAUUUUACUCGACCACAGUCACAAUUUUAUAAGAAAACUUUAAAAUGUUGGCAAUAUUAUAAUAAUAAUCGGAAUUUUACUUUGCAAAAUUAUGACAAAAGUCAUCAUUUUACUCAAAAGUCACUUUUUUUUUACAAGAACAACCAAAAAAAUUGUCAAUAUUGUGAUAAAAGUGAAUUUUAUAUGACAAAUGUCACCAUUUUGCAUUAAAAAGUAAUAAUUUUACAUUAAAAAAGUCAUAAAUUUACAGUUAUCAUUUUACGAGAAUAUAUUGCAAUAUUACAGAAACAGAAUAUGAGAAAUUGUUCCCAAUUUUAUAAGAAAAAAGUCGACAGAUUGUGACAAAAAGACUGCUUUUAUUUAUUAAAUGUUUUGUUUGUAAUUGUUUUUUAAUCUUCAUUAUUUACUUCAAGUUAUUACAGUAUGUCUUUAUUUACAUAUUUAUUUGAUUUCUUAAGUAAUUUUGGCCAAAGGGGGCGCAUUUCAACUUGUUAUUUCAUUUGUUGGCCAGAAGGGGGGUGCACUUCAAAUUUUUACACACACUUGUUAUUUCAUAUGUUGACCAGAGUGGUCCCUCCUUUUUGGGACCACCAGGGGGUGCAAAUGAGACAUUGUCUAUUAGAUGCAAUGUUAUCGGGACCAUGAUUUAUGUCCUCACUUGUUCACACCUCAUAUGGAAGCUACUUUCCCUUGUUGAUGUCUCAAGAAGGGUAGAAAUACAAGAACACACACACACACACUCGACGGUAGCAUCAGCAGCGUCCUCUCCCGUCUUGUAGGAGUUUAUCCUCUGUGGAAAAGAAGGCCUGUUCACAGCUCCAACAGCAAACACAGCAGCCUUACUUACAAAGUGCGGCUCAGGGGCAUUUCCAGGACCCGCUCGUUUUUUUAUUCGCCCUUCAAAAAAUUAAUGUAAUGAUCAUUUAGCUUUGAGCUACAACACAAAGCUAAAAUGUGGAUGUUUUGUUCCGAUAGCUUAGCAUAUACUGUAUAUAUAUAUAUACGUCGUUUUGAUUGAAACGCUCAUUUCACGCACAAAAUGUAUCAAGGUGGACCCCCCGGCUUGGUUGGGACACCCCUGGCUUCUUGUUUAUUCCGCUUUGGUUUCGAGGAACAACUAAAAAGGGAUUUGAAGCGAUAUUUAUCGUGGCCUCAGCAACACGUAGCGCAUUUUUAUUCCCUGCAUGACGACCCUCCAAACACCCGGCGAUCUGAUGCACGAGUCGACUAAAUUGCAUGGCCUUAUUUAAACUUUUUUUUAUUUUUGUUUGCGAUCGAUUUCUCCCGAGUUUAUUUUUGUAUGUAAAGAAGGGGGAAAAAAAGAUAAGAAAAAACUGAAACUUAGAAGUGUCUUUGCAUAACAAUAAUCCACAAUAUGACAGCGAAAACACACAUUCUUGUAUUUCUUACCUUCUGGAGACCUCCGAAAUACGCCUCCCUCUUUAGGACCAGCCUUUCUAGAUAUAUAAAGAUGUGUAUUUACAACAUUAAUAAUAUAUACAUACUAUGCAAAUAUAAAAAAAAGGUUGUUGUGAAAAAUUAGUUGGAAUUUCACAAGAAAAACGUAGAAUUUUGGCAGUAUUAUAAUAAAAGUCGUAAUUUUACUCAACACAAGUCAAAAUGUUACAAGAAAAACUGAACAUUUGUGCAAUUUUAUGAUAAAAGUUGGGAUUUUACUCAAUAACAGUCGCAAUUUUACAAGAAAAGCUGAAAAUUUGGGCAAUUCUAUGAAAAGAGUCGUAAUUUUACUCGACAAAAUUCACAAUUUUAUAAUAAAAGUCAUAAUUUUACUAAAAGCAAGUCAAAAUUUUACAAGAAAAACUGAACAUUUGUGCAACGCUAUAAUAAAAGUUGGAACUUUACUCAAUAACAGUCGCAAUUUUACAAGAAAAGCUGAAAAUUUGGGCAAUUUUAUGAAAAGAGUCGUAAUUUUACUCGACAAAAGUCACAAUUUUAUAAGAAAACUUAACAUUUUUGGCAACUUUAUGAAAAGACUCGCAAUUUUAUAAGAACACUUUAAAAUGUUGGCAAUAUUAUAAUAAUAAUCGGAAUUCUACAUGGCAAAAUUAUGACAAAAGUCAUAAUUUACUCAAAAAAUGUCACUUUUUUACAAGAACAACAAAAAAAUUGGCAAUAUUGUGAUAAAAUUCAGAUUUUUAUACGACAAAUGUCACCAUUUUUGCAUUAAAAAGUAAUAAUUUUACGAGAAAAUAUUGCAAUAUUACAGAAACAGAACAAAUAUGAGAAAUGGUCCCCAAUUUUAUAAGAAAAAAAAGACUGAUUUUAGUUAUUUUUUGUUUGUAAUUAGUUUUGAAUCUUCCUUAUUUACUUCUAGUUAUUACAGUAUGUCUCUAUAUACAUAUAUAUUCAUUUAUUUUUAAUACAUUUUGGCCAGAGGGGGCACAUAUAAUAAUAAUAAUCAGAAUUUUACUUGGCAAAAUGAUGACGAAAGUCAUAAUUUUACUCAAAAAAGUCACUAUUUUACAAGAACAACAAUAAAAUUGUCAAUAUUGUGAUAAAAGUCAGAAUUUUAUAUGACAAAUGUCAACGUUUUUGCAUUAAAAAGUAAUAAUUUUACAUUAUAAAAUUAAUUAUUUUACAAGAAAAUAUUGCAAUAUUACAGAAACAGAAAGAACACGAGAAAUUGUCCCCAAUUUUAUAAGAAAAAAGUCGACACAUUGUGGAAAAAAAGACUGCUUUUAUUUAUUUUUUGUUUGUAAUUAGUUUUGAAUCUUCGUUAUUUACUUCAAGUUAUUACAGUAUGUCUCUAUAUACAUAUCUAUUCAUUUAUUUUUAAUACAUUUUGGCCAAAGGGGGCGCAUUUCAAUUUCUCACACACACUUAUUUCAUAUGUUGACCAGAGGGGGAGCACUUUUAAAAGCGACACACAGUCAAUGUGAAAAAUCCCUCCUUUUUGGGACCACCCUCAUUUUGAUAGAUUUCACCACCAGGGGGUGCAAAUGAGACACUCUCUAUUAAACGCCUCCCUCUUUAGGACCAGCCUUUCUAGAUAUAUAAAGAUGUGUAUUUACAACAUUAAUAAUAUAUACAUACUAUGCAAAUAUAAAAAAAGCUUGUUGUGAAAAAUGAGUUGGAAUUUCACAAGAAAAAGGUCACAAUUUCACAAGAAAAACGUAGAAUUUUGGCAGUAUUAUAAUAAAAGUCGUCAUUUUACUCAACACGAGUUAAAAUUUUACAAGAAAAACUGAACAUUUGUGCAAUAUUAUGAUAAAAGUUGGAAUUUUACUCAAUAACAGUCGCAGUUUUACAAGAAAAGCUGAAAAUUUGGGCAAUUUUAUGAAGAGUCGUAAUUUUACUCGACAAAAGUCACAAUUUUAUAAGAAAACUUAACAUUUUUGGCAAUAUUAUAAUAAUAAUCAGAAUUUUACUUGAUUAAAAUUAUGACUUUUGUCAUAAUUUUGCCAACGCAAGUCCAAGUUUCGAAAUAAAAACAUAGAAUUUUACAAGAAAAGCUUAAAAUGUUGGCAAUUUUAUGAAAAGAGUCGUAAUUUUACUCGACAAAAGUCGCAAUUUUAUAAGAGAACUUUAAAAUGUUGGCAAUAUUAUAAUAAAAAUCGGAAUUUUACACAGCAAAAUUAUGACAAAAGUCAUAAUUUUCCUCCAAAAAUGUCACUAUUUUACAAGAACAACAAAAAAUGUUGGCAAUAUUGUGAUGAAACUCAGAAUUUUAUAUGACAAAUGUCACCAUUUUGCAUUAAAAAGUAAUAAUUUUACAUAAAAUAAUAAUUUUACGAAAAAAUAUUGCAAUAUUACAGAAAGAUAAUGAGAAAUUGUACCCAAUUUUAUAAGGGAAAAGUCGACACAUUGUGAAAAAAAGACUGCUUUUAGUCAUUUUUUGUUUGUAAUUACUUUUUAAUCUUCGUUAUUUACUUAUAUUAUAUUUAUUCAUUUAUUUUUUAUACAUUUUGGCCAAAGGGGGCGCAUUUCAAUUUCUCACACACACUUGUUAUUUCAUAUGUUGACCAGAGGGUGAGCACUUUUAAAAGCGACACACAGUCAAUGUGAAAAAUCCCUCCUUUUUGGGACCACCCUCAUUUUGAUAGAUUUCACCACCAGGGGGUGCAAAUGAGACAUUCUCUAUUAAAUGCCUCCCUCUUUAGGACCAGCCUUUCUAGAUAUAUAAAGAUGUGUAUUUACAACAUUAAUAAUAUAUACAUACUAUGCAAAUAUAAAAAAGCUUGUUGUGAAAAAUUAGUCGGAAUUUCACAAGAAAAAGGUCACAAUUUCACAAGAAAAACGUAGAAUUUUGCCAGUAUUAUAAUAAAAGUCGUCAUUUUACUCAACACAAGUCAAAAUUUUACAAGAAAAACUGAACAUUUGUGCAAUAUUAUGAUACAAGUUGGAAUUUUACUCAAUGACAGUCGCAAUUUUACAAGAAAAGCUGAGAAUUUGGGCAAUUUUAUGAAAAGAGUCGUAAUUUUACAAGAACAUUUUAAAUUUUUGGCAAUAUUAUAAUAAUAAUCAGAAUUUUACUUGAGUAAAAUUAUGACUUUUGCCAUAAUUUUGCCAACGCAAGUCCAAGUUUCAAAAUAAAAACAUAGAAUGUUGGCAGCAUUAUAAUAAAAGUCAUAAUUUUACUAAAAGCAAGUCAAAAUUUUACAAGAAAAACUGGACCUUUGUGCAAUGUUAUGAUAAAAGUUGGAAUUUUACUCAAUAACAGUCGCAAUUUUACAAGAAAAGCUUAAAAUGUCGGCAACUUUAUGAAAAGAGUCGUAAGUUUACUCGACAAAAUUCACAAUUUUAUAAUAAAAGUCAUAAUUUUACUAAAAGCAAGUCAAAAUUUUACAAGAAAAACUGAACAUUUGUGCAACGUUAUAAUAAAAGUUGGAAUUUUACUCAAUAACAGUCGCAAUUUUACAAGAAAAGCUGAAAAUUUGGGCAACUUUAUGAAAAGAGUCGCAAUUUUAUAAGAAAACUUUAAAAUGUUGGCAAUAUUAUAAUAAUAAUCUGAAUUUUACAUGGCAAAAUGAUGACAAAAGUCAUAAUUUACUCAAAAAAUGUCACUUUUUUACAAGAACAACAAAAAAAUUGGCAAUAUUGUGAUAAAAUUCUGAAUUUUAUACGACAAAUGUCGCCAUUUUUGCAUUAAAAAGUAAUAAUUUUACGAGAAAAUAUUGCAAUAUUACAGAAACAGAACGAAUAUGAGAAAUGGUCCCCAAUUUUAUAAGAAAAAAAAAGACUGCUUUUAGUUAUUUUUUGUUUGUAAUUAGUUUUGAAUCUUCGUUAUUUACUUCUAGUUAUUACAGUAUGUCUCUAUAUACAUAUAUAUUCAUUUAUUUUUAAUACAUUUUGGCCAGAGGGGGCACAUAUAAUAAUAACAAUCAGAAUUUUACUUGGCAAAAUGAUGACGAAAGCCAUAAUUUUACUCAAAAAUGUCACUAUUUUACAAGAACAAUAAAAUUGGCAAUAUUGUGAUAAGUCAGAAUUUUAUAUGACAAAUGUCACCAUUUUUGCAUUAAAAAGUAAUAAUUUUACAUAAAAAAGUAAUAAUUUUACAAGAAAAUAUUGCAAUAUUACAGAAACAGAAAUAAUGACAAAUUGUCCCCAAUUUUAUAAGAAAAAUGUUGACACAUUGUGGAAAAAAAGACUGCUUUUAUUUAUUUUUUGUUUUGUAAUUAGUUUUGAAUCUUCGUUAUUUACUUCUAGUUAUUACAAUAUGUCUCUAUAUACAAUUAUAUUAAUUUAUUUUUGAUACAUUUUGGCCAGAGGGGGCGCAUUUCAAUUCCUCACACACACUUGUUAUUUCAUAUGUUGACCAUGUGAAAAAUCCCUCCUUUUUGGGACCACCCUCAUUUUCACCACCGGGGGGUGCAAAUGAGACAUUGUCUAUUAGAUGCAAUGUUAUUGGGACCAUGAUUUAUGUCCUCACCUCCUCACAUGGAAGAUACUUUUCCUUGUCUCAAGAAGGCUAGAAAUACAAGAACGCGGUCAAUCAGCCAUGUCAUUAUCAGUUAAUCCCGGGUUAGUUUAUGAUCAAAAAGUACUUUACUGGUUUUGUGAUACUCACACGGAUGAAAUGUUGAGUUAAAUAGGCGUUGAUGUUGGUUUUCUUUCCGGAAUAUGUGCUGGGACACAUCUUUACUUCACCACACGACAUACUUCCUGUGAGUAGAUACUACUUUCUUCAUCAAGUGGAAGCCAAAGCGCAUUAAAUUCACCCAAGCAGGUUUUCCUCCGGGCCAGAGUCCGAGGUCAGGUGUAUGUUUAUGUUCACGUUACGGCUUCAAACAACGACACUAAUAUGAAAUGGCACAGGGGUGUUGUGUGUAUAUAAGUCAGGGGCUAGGUGGGUUUCUUUAUUUAUUUAUUAUUUUCUAUUUAUUUCUAUUGAGUGUCAACGUUUUGAGUUAUUUCCCGCUUAUGCCUAACAUGCGUCGUAACAGGAAGGAACAAUCAUAAUUGUAAUUGUCUCGCCAGGUUAGUUUCACACCAUGGAAGUGUUUAUUUAUUUUGCUCCUCGUUUUGAGUUGCGCGUGACCUAACUUAUUACCCGCCGCCACCACUUUAGGCGCGUUGUGGUGUAGACUGAGCGGCGAAGACCCUCUAGGAUCCCUACUUGCAUGUGUCCUUGCUAUGCAUUUAUGUGGCUUACCAGUUAGACCGAGCAGUUUUGUAUUUUUUUAUACAUCAUGUACUUUUUUUACUUGUCCCUUUUAAUAAAAGUACUUUUGUGAGUUUUACGGACAUACAUACUGUGUGAGUUUGUCUCAACAAUGACACAAAAUAUGUAGGGAUGUCCGAUAAUAUCGGCCUGCCGGAAAAAAAACCCCCAAAAAACCCGAUACAGAUAAUAAAAAAAACGAUACCGAUAAUUUCCGAUAUUACAUUUUAACGCAUUUAUCGG